AUGGAUGAAAAGAAUAAUCCAGAUGAUGAAAAAAAAAGAAAUUAUGAUAAAGAUAAAAAAAAUGAAGAAAUAAAUGAAAAGUACAAUGAAAGCUUAGAUGUAUAUAUCCUAAAUUCAUAUAAUAAUGAAACACAUAUCAUAGAGAAGGAAGAAAAUGAUAAUAAACAUGAAAAUAUAAUAAAAUAUAAUAAUAAUAGAAGGAACCUACCACUUGAACAAAAUAAUUAUUAUAUUGAUAAAACGAUAAAACCUAAUAAUAAAUGUAAUGAUAUAAUAAUCAAUAAUGUUGAUGUGUCUGAAUUUUUUUAUAAAAAUGAAACAUCAAAUGUUAAUUUGAAUGAAUUAUGCUUCUCAACAAAUACAAAAAAGAAUGAUAAUAUAAAUAAUAAUGAUUGUUGUUAUAAUUAUACAACAGGUAACAAUUACAGCUCGUCACUAGAUACGAAUAAUAAAAAUUAUUGUAAACAAAAUUGUAAUAUAUUAAAUAUUUCUAAAGAUAAUAUAAAUGAAAAAUAUGAUAUAAAUAAGAACCAGUAUAUAUCCCUUGUUAAACAAGAGAAACAGGAAAACAAAAAUAAUUAUGUGAAUACACAAAAUGAUUGUGAAUUUUUAUACAACAUGGAUAAUAUAAAAUUAACAGGAACUUCUGUUAUGUUAACAAAUGAAACUUCAAAGUAUAUUUAUAAGUUAAUUCCUUUUUUUAAAAAUGGAGAAGCACAGUUUUAUGUUAGGGUUAAUGAGGCGUACAAUGAUAUAUAUAAAAAGGGAGAAAUAAAAACACCUUUAGGGGAUGUUGAAAUGGAUGAUAAUAAAAAUAAAAAUAAUGAUGAUAAUAAUUUAAAUAAUGAUGAUAAUAAUAAAAAUAAAAAUAAUGAUGAUAAUAAUAAAAAUAAAAAUAAUGAUGAUAAUAAUAAAAAUAAAAAUAAUGAUGAUAAUAAUAAAAAUAAAAAUAAUGAUGAUAAUAAUAAUAACAAAAAUAAUCAUAAUAAUCAUAAUAAAUAUAGUAAUUGUAAUUAUUCCAAUUUGUAUGAAUAUACAGAUAUACUUUUUAGAAUGGAUAAUAUAUAUAACCUUUUUCUUGAAACACAAAAAAAAUGUAUAGAAGAUAACAGUGGGAAAGAUAUAUUUUUCUCCAUAUUAAAUAAGAAAACUAAUAUAUCCAUAGUACAUAAUAAAGUUAACAAUCCAUCCAAUGUUGAUUUAGAUGUAUGUAAUACAUAUGAACACGUUAAAGAAUUAACAUUUGAAGAAAAUUAUUAUCAUACAAUUUUGUGUGAACCUGUAAAAAAAUUAUAUAUAUCAGAAAAAAGACACAUAAAUAUUCAUAAUAUAUUAAAUGGAAAUAAUUAUAUUUAUGAUAUAAAAACAAACGAUUGUAAAAACUGUAAUGAAUUUUCAUUAUGUAAUGAUAAAACAAUGACUACAGUUAAAAGGUGUCAAUGUCGAAUUUAUGAAAAAUUCAUAUUAUCUCUUCUAGUUAAAUAUAAAUUAAUUCCUCAAUGUUUUGAUUUGGUUAAAGUAAUUAAAUGUACACAAAAUGAGAAACAUAAAAAAAAUGUAAAAGAAGAUGAAAAUUUUAAAAUGUGUACAAAUAUACAACCAACUAACGAAAUAACAAAUAAUACAAAUUAUCAACAUGAAAAAGAAUUUAUUAAAUUUGAAAAAAAUAGUCCAACAGAAAAUUAUACUUAUGAAGAUAUUCAUUCUUUGAACAGAAAUUAUAAUCAUAAAAAUAAAUGCAUAGUAAAUAAUGAUCAGGAAAUAUGGAAAGUGUACAAUGAUAAAUGUAAAAAUAAUCAUGAUGUAUAUAUUCAUUCCUCUCUUAAGUUAGAAAAAGUAUGCUAUAAUAUUAAAGCUUAUAAUCAACAAAUAAUAGAUUUAAAACUUGGUUAUAAUACAAUCAUUGAUAAUGAUCUCUCAUUUAAUAAAGAUUUGUUAAAGGAUAGUCAUUCUGUAGAUUCGAAAUUAAAAGAAUAUUAUGUAGAUAAAUGGUCCAAAAUGAAAAAAGAAAUAAGAAAGAAAUUUACAACGACCAAUGUGAGUGAUCAACAUAUUAUAGAUUUAUGUUCAAAAGAUUUAAAUUUACCAACAUGUUUCGAUAAAUAUAAUAAUAAGGAUAUUUAUGCCUUAUUAAAAUCAUGGAGGCAAAAUGUUACAGCUUUAAAAUCAACACAAAGAAAUUUAGGAUUUAGAAUAUGUACAUUAAUACAACAUAUAAAUUAUUCAGACCUAUUAAAUGAUGAUCAAGUAAAAAUACAGUAUUCAAAUUUUGUACAAGAUAAUUAUUUAUUGGGAAAAAAUAAUAUAGGAAAUACUGAAACCAAUACAUUAAAAAAAUAUUCAGAAUUAAACAAAAUAGAAAUAAAAGAUUGUUAUGAUCAUGUAACCAAAAAAUUAAAAAUUAAUAGACACCUUGGUUUGACUUUACGUGAAGAUCAAGUUAUAUAUGUAUUGUCAAUUUUUUUUAAAAAAAUCGUACACUUAAUUUUACCACAAUUAUUAAAUUUAAAAAUAUGGUUAGAACAACAAUAUUUAUAUUCUUUUUGUUCAACGUCAUUAUUAAUAAUAUAUGAUAAAAACAAACCAUCAUUCUGUGAUAUUAAAUGGAUUGAUUUUACUUAUUCUUUACAACAUGAAUCCAAUUUGAAGCACUACCCUUUAAAUAAUACAAAACUUAAUAUGGACAUUGUUUCUGGAUUAAAUAAUUUAAUUAAAUUGUGUAGAACUAUAUUUUUUACUAAUAUUAUACCACCAAUUGUUAAAAAUGAUACCAAAAGGAAAAAGGAAGAAUGA